AUGCCCCAUGACACGCGCUUCAACCAGUACGCGCUGCUCGGACACGACCGUUCCGGCCGGGAAUACCUGAAGAACGAAGACAACCCCGGCGGCAUCGAACCCAUCUUCCUGAACAUCAACACGCCCUGGUCGGCUUUUCUCUGCGGGUCGCAGGGCAGCGGAAAGAGCCACACCCUCUCUUGCAUGCUCGAGGGCUGUCUGAUGCCCGACAAGUCGCUUGGCAAGCUUCCGCACCCUCUCAAGGGCAUCGUCUUCCACUACGACCAGUGGUCGUCCGGAGCCGUCUGUGAGGCGGCGCACCUGUGCUCCCGGGGCAUCAAGGUCAACGUGCUCGUGUCCCCCAGCAACUUCUGGAAGCUCAACGACGCGUACAAGAAGCUGGACGACCCGGACAACCACCUCACUGUCCGGCCGCUGCUGCUUCAGCCGGGCCACCUCAAUGUCGAGCGCAUGCUGAGCCUGAUGGCGUUCAACGAGAAGGACGGAAAAGUCCCUCUGUACAUGGAGGUGAUCAACCGCAUCCUGCGCGACAUGGCGAUAGCCUCAGGCGGAGCGCCAGGCUUCGACUACACAGCCUUCAAGACGCGCCUCGACGCGGAGCGGUUCACAGGCGACCAGAAAGGCCCGAUGUCGCUACGGCUGCAGCUGCUCGAGAGCUUCCUGGACUUCUGCGGCACGCAGCCUACCGUGCCCGUGUCCAAGAAGAAGAAGAAGGAGCUCGUCGCCGCCCCCGCCAUCGACAUCUUCAAGCCCGACGCCGGCUCCCUCACCAUCGUCGACCUUACCGACCCCUUUGUCGACGCUUCUAGCGCUUGCACCCUCUUUGACAUCUGCCUCGCGCUGUUCCUCGAGGACCCCAGCCCCGUUGGCCGCGUCAUUGCGCUUGAUGAAGCCCACAAGUACAUGAACGGCAACGCGGGCGCCGACCGCUUCACCGAGACGCUCCUCACCUGCAUCCGCAUCCAGCGGCACGCGGGGUGCCGCAUAAUAAUCGCGACGCAGGAACCGACCGUGUCGCCCAAGCUGCUCGACCUCUGCUCCAUGACCAUCGUGCACCGCUUCACGUCGCCGGCGUGGCUGACGAUGCUCGAGACGCACAUAGCGGGCCUGUCGCGCGCGGCAGGCAAAGAAGCCGACGAGCUCACGCGGCUGUUCCAGGAGAUUGUCACGCUCAGGGUCGGCGAGGCGCUGCUGUUUGCGCCGAGCGCCAUGGUGCGCGUGAGUGUGGGCGGCGAGAUUCGGAAGCUGGGCGUUGAGUGCUUGCGGUUUAAGACGAGGCAGCGCUUGACGAGUGAUGGGGGGAUGAGCGUGCUGGCUAUGCGGUAG